UUUUUGUAACAAAUAUUAAAAAGUGAAUUAAAUUAUUACAAAAGAAUGCUGUGUACGCGCGCAGUUAGCAGGCUAGCCAGCGGCAUUGGAAGAACUCAAUGGGCAGCACAAUACACAUACAAAACGGCGGCUGUUGGAUUCCUGCUUCAGAAUCAAAGUUAUACCUCCUCCUCCGCACCUACAGGAGUUGUAGACAGCGCCGAUAAGAGCAAAUCCUCAGCCACAGAUGGAGGAAUUCUCAAGAGGGUUCUAAACAAAGUGGGUUUUGCACCCAACACAAAAGCUCGCCUUAAAGUGGCUAGUCAUCUGCUGUACGAGAGUGUGGCUGAUAAAAUCAACUAUGUUGCCUUUUUUCGCGAUUUCAAUCUGCCGAAUACAUUCAACUCCUGGUUUCUGGUCACCGAAUUGCAUGUGUGGUUGCUCUUAAUGCGCUCAAUGGCUGAAGGUUCAGAGACAGGCGAAGACGGACGCUUUUUGCGCAACUGCAUCGUGGAGGCCAUGUGGGGAGAUGUAAAUACGCGUGCCAAGAAAUUGGGUGCCAACAAUCCUUCCCGCACUAGGCAACAGAUCGAGACUUUAUCAGAACAAUUUCAAGCUGCUCUCAUUGCCUACGAUGAGGGCAUUAUGUCCGAUGAUCGUGUCCUAGCCUGCGCCCUUUGGCGUCGCUUCUUUGAGAUGAACUGCACUGAUUAUACCCAGAUCGAACGCCUGGUCAAAUAUGUACGCAAACAGGCCCUCAUGUUAGAUAGCUUAACGCGAGAUCAGUUCAUAACCAAGCCAAAGGUGGCCUGGCAUGAUCUAGACAAAUGCAAGAUUUAAAAGUAGGUUAUGUAGUUGGUUUUUUUUUCAAUUAAAAAAAAGUGAGUCUAAAAAUUAAA